CGGACGCUUCCGGGGCUGCUGUCAGCUGCAGAGCGAGAGCGGUGACGGACAUGGCGGAGAAUAGCUGCGAGCUGAACGGCUCCGGGCCGGCCGUGUGCAGGCGGUGCGCUGCCCCGGGGGAGAGGGGGAGCACGCCGGGCAGUGUGUCCAAGUGGGUCCGGCUGAAUGUCGGCGGGACGUGUUUCCUGACAACGCGGCAAACUCUGUGCAGGGACCCGAAAUCCUUCCUGUACCGGCUGUGCCAGGCGGACCCCGACCUGGACUCGGACAAGGAUGAAACGGGUGCCUAUUUAAUAGACCGAGAUCCCACAUACUUUGGCCCAGUAUUGAACUAUUUGAGACAUGGGAAACUGGUGAUCAAUAAAGACCUAGCAGAAGAAGGUGUUCUGGAGGAAGCAGAGUUCUACAAUAUCACAUCAUUAAUUAAACUUGUAAAAGACAGAAUAAGAGAGAGGGACAGUAAAACGUCACAGGUGCCCGUCAAACAUGUUUACAGAGUGCUUCAGUGUCAAGAAGAGGAACUCACCCAAAUGGUCUCCACAAUGUCUGAUGGCUGGAAAUUCGAACAGUUUGUCAGCAUAGGUUCCAUGUAUGGAUGCGGGCGGGAUCAUCAGACAGAGUUUCUGCUCAUUGUUUCAAGGGAAGUGAAAGGGGAGGAGACCAACCUACAGAAACGCAGCGGCGAGCUGGUCAGCAUUGGUUCUUCCUACAACUAUGGAAAUGAAGAUCAGGCAGAGUUCUUGUGUGUGGUAUCUAAAGAGUUGCACAAUACCCCAUAUGGCACAACUAGUGAACCAAGUGAAAAGGCAAAGAGUGAGGACGAAGAGACGGAUUACGAUAUGAAUGACUCAGAUUAAGUUGUAAUACACUGAUCUUGCAGGAGAGAGGCUCCCGAAUGUGAAGUUGUGUUUUUUUUUUUUAAAGAUUAUUUUUUCUUUUUAAUUAGAUUUUAUUCCAAGCGGAGAAUUUCCACGUGAAAGCCACCACAAGACGACUGCUUUUGGAGUACAUUAUUGACCCUUUUCAAAAAGAUGCAUAUUUGGUGGAUGCUUCAGUGAUUCAUUAAUGUGAAUUGGGUAUAAAACAGGAACUUUAGCUGACUGGGUCCAUCUUAUUUUUCUCCUACCCCUUCCUCUUCUCUACAAUAUAGCCUUUUGUACAGCAGUUGGCGUUACAGAAGGGUUACACUGACACAUUCUGUAAAUCCCAUUGUACUAUCCCUACUUCGACACUACACAUGACCCACAAUCGUCCCACACUCUUGUACAGCCGUAUCGUGUAUUUGGGGCAGCUACUUCCUACUAAGCAGUGCUGAAGCAGUUUACACUAAAGCGGGCCAAUCAGGAUCACUCCUCAUGUAUCAGCAAAGGGAACAUUGAGCAGGUUAUAUGUAAACUGUUUUGUAUGUAAACGGUUUCUUCCAGAGAAAUGAUUCUUCCUUGGCAAACAUAAAAAAAAAAUAGAUACGUAUCAUACAUAUUUUUUAACAAUCUUUUUUUUUAAUGUCCAUCUUAUCUACCUAGCAGAUAGACUUGUCAUAUUGCAUGUACAGUGAGGAAAUAAAUUAUAAAAUGUUUCCUAAUAGUGUCAUUUUCAGAGAUGCUUACAUUCUCUCUGUGGCCGCGUCACGCCUUUCAGACUAUUACUGUGCAGUUCAUCUGGACAGAUAGAAACUUCAUAUGCUGCACAGCAACCGAACGUGACCUGUGCCCAUAAUGUCACUGAAUCAAAUAGGAAUUUGAUUGCAGAGCUAUUUGUAUAUCUUGGGACAUGUAUUUUAUUCUUCUUCUUCCAGGCCUAUUGUGUUCCUAAUAUCUGCUCCCCAUUAACUAAUAAGGUCAUCUGUUGCUGGAGUAUUCUUUGGAACAUUGAUUCCUACUGAGAUGCACAGAAGAAAAUGUAAGGAACAGCAAGUUUGUAAAGAUCUGCUAUUUUCUGCAAAUUUUGCCACAUGAUAUAAAGCAUUUUUUAAGGCAAAGCAAGCCAUUUUUAAAAAAAACAUUUUUUUUAUAUUGGCACCUAAAAUAUAUAGCUGAAAAUCAGAUUUAUUAGCAGAUUAUUGUUCAUUACAUUUCCCCCGUAGACAACCAGCCCCUUAAAAAAAAAAAAAAAAAAAACAACGUUAUUUCUGUGUGGCAGUUGUGUACACUGUUCCCAUGUGUCACCAUUUCAUAAUUGAAUUGAUUAUCCUAAACCGUCAAAAUUAAAACCCCUUUAUAAAGGUGUUUCGGUAUGGAAGAUGUGAAAUUCAUAUUAUCCAUUAUGUCACACUAACAGUUUUGUUUCUUGACCUUUAUUCUCUGAGAAAUUGAUUUUUCUAAAAAAAAAAAAAAAUGUAACCGCAUUAAUUGCUAACUGAGUUAAUUCUUCUGACUGGGGUGCUGUCUUCCACGUGCUGAGUGCGACUCAUGGGGUUUGUAGGAAUUCAACAGCAGCUGUACUGAAGCUUUUAAAGGGUCACUGUACUCAAUUUAUUAUGUUUUUAAACCAUCAUAAUGUCUUUUAGAACAGGAGCUUGUAACGUCUGGACUAUUUUGAUUUACUGUUCAGAUGGUUUCUCAUGUUAGAGGAAAUCUUUAAGUAACGACUCCCAGGUUGAAGCUCUUCCUGAUUACAAUUGACAACACUGCCAUCUGUGGGUUAUAAAAUAGCCUAAAGUAAGAAUGAAUUAACAGUGCAGAUGGUUUGUACGAAUUAUAAAAGCUGUCCAUAAAUCGUUUCCUGUAUAGGAAAAGCUCCUAAGUUCAUGUUUUGUUUCUGCACCCAGAGCGAUUUACCUUUUGAAAACGUAGAGCCUCCUAAAGCGGGGGCUCCCCUACCUCUGCUGUGUGUGUAUAUAUAGGGUUCCUUUGUGAAUACACAUUUAAAUGGUAAAUAUAUUUUAUCUAUCCCAUUACAAUACUGUAUUUUGAUACUUUCCCCCGUUCCUGUCUAUCUGAUGUCUGCUCUUUAAACAUGAUUAUGUUAAGGUCUGGUUGAUGACAGCACAUCCAACAACUGUGGUCCACAGGCGAACCAGAUUUCAGCAUAGCUUUGUCUAAAUAAAUGUAUUGGACAACAAACUUCCGAGUUGCUAACUUUAGCUGGUGGUUACUAUAUGUGUAAACUAAAACUAACUUGGAAAUUAAAAACCUUUAAAAGGC